AUGAUGGCUGUGUGCGAAGUGAUCGAGGACCCCAAACGGUUGCGCAAACCGAACGAGCAGAUUUGGGUCGCGAGCGAGGAAGAGCUGGUUUGCACUCGCUUCUUCUUGGUAUUUACCGAGGCAGAUCACUUUAGCUUGAAUGUGAGCACCGCGAAGCUGGACCAGGAGAUCCGCGCUCUUGUGGAGAAAAGCAGGUAG